AUGGUAAACUAUGAUGAUUAUGGUCACGGCAACAUCUCUAGCUGCUUAUAUGACCCGAUACUGGAAGAUAUUUGGAUUGUAUGGUUUUGGUGCCGAUCCCCAAACCAAUUCAAAAAUGUACUUUUUGAACAAAUUCUUGAGACGUCUUUACCUCCUUGUCCAGAUUUAACAGAUUGGUCAUCCAUCUUUAAUAUUCCUACACCUAUACCUUCUUAUGCAUACAUGGCUGUCCAUUUUCUGGGCGCCGCUGUACAUGACAUGUACAUGAUGAAGAAUAAACCUGAACAAGAUAGAUUCCAGCACAUCGUGGAGACCCAGGCUGCGUGUACAGUGGGUGUGCAGGGCACCGCAGCUGCUAUGCAGCAGUGCCUCACCCAACAGGCUGAGCAUACCAGCUCCAUCUCCGACUGCCUGCAGGAGCUGCACAAAUAUGUGAGAAAUAUUGAAUAUGAGCCCCACGAGGGAUACAAGAUCCACUUUAAUGAGAAGUUAGAAAUGCAAAUUAAUCUUUAUUUAGAAAGCUGGUUUUAUCAAGAUAAUACACGUUUUUCGCGUGUCACAAUUUCCGUUAUCCAAGGCCCAGACUAUGUGCCUAAAACAUUUCCCAAUAUGAGUCAUCCUCGCCUCUGGAAAACCGGCAAAGUUCCGGUAUCUCGGUGCUCAGAUCCCUGUUUACCUGGCAGCAGAAAAAAUGUUGGAUCAUCAAAGCAUAAAUGCUGCUAUGAGUGCGUCUCGUGUCCAGAAGGAGAGAUCUCCAACAUUUCCGACAGUGAAAACUGCGUAAAAUGUCCUGAUGAUGAAUGGCCAAAUGAGAAGAAGGAUCGGUGUGUUCCAAAAUUUGUGGAAUUUCUCUCCUAUACUGAUGAUCCCAUUGUUGCAGCAUUUUCAACUGUCUCCAUCCUCUGUUUUCUUCUGACUGGUUUAAUAUUGGGGAUAUUUAUACAUUACCGGGACACCCCCAUUGUUAAAGCUAAUAACCGGAACCUGAGCUAUCUUCUCCUGGUCUCCAUCAUGCUGAGCUUCCUCUGUGUCUUCUUGUUCCUCGGACGUCCAGUAGAUAUAACCUGCAUGCUGCGUGUAACCUCUUUUGGUGUCAUCUUCUCAGUUGCUGUCUCUUCUCUACUUGCCAAAAGUAUCAUGGUGUGUAUUGCUUUUAAAGCCACCAAACCUGGGAGUCCCUGGAGGAAAUGGAUGGGAGCCAAACUGCCCAAUUGUAUCAUUUGUGUCUUCUCACUGGUUCAAGUAAUAAUCUGUGUCUCUUGGUUGUCUAUUUCUCCUCCCUUCCAGGAUCAGGACACUCACUCUUAUCAGGGGAAGAUCAUCAUUCAGUGUAAUGAGGGUUCAGUUAUUGGCUUCUACUCUGUCCUGGGAUAUAUGGGGCUUCUGGCAGCUGUGAGCUUCAUUAUAGCUUUUUUAGCCAGGACAUUACCGGACAGUUUUAAUGAGGCCAAGUACAUCACCUUCAGCAUGCUGGUGUUCUGCAGUGUCUGGAUUGCCAUGAUCCCGGCCUAUCUGAGCACCAGAGGGAAAUACAUGGUGGCUGUGGAGGUUUUUGCUAUAAUGGCAUCAAGUAUUGGACUUCUUGGCUGUAUAUUUUUCCACAAAUGUUACAUAAUUCUGUUCAGACCUGACCUGAAUACAAAAAUAGUUAUCCACUAAUAUUUAUGGAGGAACGCUGGGUUACCAGAAGUUAUAUCUGUAUCUAUAUUAUUGUUAAUUUUAGUGUUUUGUUAGCAUAUUUUGAAUGAACAUUGUUACCACUAAACUUUUGAUAAUUACCUCUCCGGUAGAUGGUGAGUCUAAUUUUCGCUCUUUUGAAGAACUAAGGACACCGCCAGUAUCUGACACUUUGAGUUUGAUGGAAACCUUGUCCCCUGCUGGGUGUAGUGGUUCCUCACUACAGAACAAAGUAGUCACUUAGUGAGGAGGAACCACAGAGUCCAGAGGGGAACAAAACCAUCACAAAGUGUCAGAUACCAGCACCACCCAUCACUCUUCAAGAUGGAAAAAAACUCACUCACCUUCCAGGAAGGUAAAUAUUAUUCAUGUUCUUUUAUAAGCUGCCUGUAAUGUCAUUUUUUGUGUCAGUGUCACUUGGAUUAAUAUAGCUGGAUAAA